AUGGCCAGCGUUGUUGCCAGUUCUGGAAAGAUUGAAAGUAUUUUUUUCAGUAUGUUCCAUCUGACUGAAGGUCCAAAAAUAGUUCUUCAAGUUCCAGAGGAAAUCAUUACCAAAGAAACUUUUUUGAGUCAUUUGCACAAGUACGUCAUCCCCAAGAAACAACUCUAUCGGAGAGUCAUCAGAUUACACUCCCAGGGUCACAUGAUUAUAGGCUAUCCAAUCUUAGUGGAGGGUGAGCAGUUUGAGAGGAACGAGAUUCGUUUCAACUGCUGCUUCGUUCUCAAUUCGCACUCUGAUGGAAAUAAUUAUGAGAAUGUUGUCAGAAAAGUGAACUUAUACCUAGAACAUGAAACCUUCCAUGGAUUUUUGUUGAACGAAAAGAACAAAGAGAAUAUAACAAAGCUUCUGACCACAGUCUUCAAUGAUUUGAACAAAUACGGACGUUGUAAUUACAUCGGCAAAGCAAACUCCAGCACCUUGCACCUACAAAUAGAUGCAGUUACAGAUGAGAAGGUCGUGGUCAACAAUUACGACGUUCCUGUUUUCAGGUGUUCCUCCUCGCCGAGCCUUCUACAAUCUUGCCUUCUUGCCCAUGCCGACCUCGUUGCCAAAAAAAUUAUACCACUAAUAAAUGGAGAAUGGUCCGUUACGAGGAUUGGGCACGAGGCAGAUAUUAGCGUUGACAUCGUUAAAGAUUGCAUAAAAAAACUCGUAUACCAUGGUGCUCUGUUACUAGUCCCUUUGUUCCAGUAUUCGAAUACCUACGUUGUGACGCCGAAAAUACACGAGCUUUACAACGACGCAUCGUUCCAAGAGAGGUGCAUUCGACACUCAUCCAUCACAAACAAGCGAGCGACUUUCAACGAUAUUUUCAUAUUUUACACGUCCAUGGGUCCAACUUCGAGACUGAAGGACGCUUGUCUCAGGCUGAACCCAAGAAGUAAAAAUAUCGAUGAAAAAAAAUUGAUUCAGUUUGGCUUGGUUGAAGGUUUAGUUAGAAGGCUGCAAAAAUAUCCUCUGAAAUUGGUUGACGACCAGAAUAUGGAGGACAAAAGAUCGGACGCAAUGGAGGAGUGCAUGAAUGGGUCAAAUUCAUACGACGAAAUAUGCGGUAGGUUCAAUCUCGCCUUCCAGGAACUCGAUGAGAGAGUGGAAAAUAAUCCAGAUGUUGUUGUUUAUUGGAAGUGA